UCCAUGGCAUGGCUGGAAUUCUACUGUAGAAGACCUAAGAGAGAGCAAGAAGAUGGCAACGCGCAUUAUAAGAGCCUUCCAAGGGCUUUGGGCGAGUAGGGGAAGAGCCAUCAUUCCUGAUGACAUCAGGAGGUUCUGCCGCCAGCUGUCUGCGUAUGACGAUUCAUCACUGAGGAGGAUAUACGAGUAUUACAGAGAUGAUCUGAUCCAUAUCCUGGAGAACAUGGAUCCUCACGCCGUCCUAGUAGAACUAAAAUCUCGGAAUGUUUUAAACACAGACAAAUACGAGUCAAUCGAAGAAGACCGGUCUUCAUUCUCUUGCGCCUUGUUACAAGAUAUUCAGGAUCGGGGAAGGAAAGCUGUGAUUGGACUCUGGGAAUGUCUCUGUGCGCUACAGAAAGAUCAUCCUCAUCCAAAUUUUUGGGCGGUUUUUGAUGAAAUCCAACAGACAGGUAAGGGUCUGGUGAAUCAGAUUCUCCUGGAUGAACUCGGACACUCACUUACUCCGAAGCUGAGAGAUAUUCAGGAAAAGCACAAACAUCAUCUGAUGGAGAAAACUGAGUCUCUAGUGGAGCAUAGACCCCCAGGAACUACUCUGGAACCACAAAGAUUCCUCAUCAAUGAGCAUUAUGUGAACCUGAUUGUAGUCUCCACCGAUCAGUUCAGGGAACGUCCCCAGAAUGAGUUAAUACAGACUGGGGUAAAACAUGAGGAAUGCUUGAAAAAAACACAAAGUGGACUGGAACACAUUUCCCUCAAUAAGCUGUUCCGAUGGAACCCCCAGUCACAAUGUGUACCACAUGCAGUAAUGGUGAGCGGAGUGCCAGGAAUAGGGAAGACCACAAUGAUGCAGAAGUUUGUCUAUGACUGGGUGACCGGAAAACUCUACCAGAGAUUUGCCUUUGUCUUCUUCUUCAGAUUCUGGGACCUUAAUAGACUGGUAGAGGUCAGCUUGGAGGAGAUGAUUCUUGAUCAAUAUCCGUAUCUGAAGAAUCAGAUUGGAGAUAUUUUACAAGAUCCAGAGAGACUUCUGUUUAUAUUUGAUGGUUUAGAUGAAAGUAUUCACCAAAUAGAUUUCAGAUCGAAUAGACUCUUUGCUUACAGGACAAAAUGUGGUGAGAUUGUGGUCAGUUUGGUGAGGCAGAGUCUUCUUAAGGGUUGCUCUGUACUGAUAACCAGCCGUCCAACCAGACUGGCAUCAGUUGAUACGACUGUUUUCCAGAGGAUAGCUGAGAUCAUGGGAUUUCUCCAUGAAGACAGACUGAUCUUCUUUAAUAAUUUCUUUGGAAAUGAGGAAUUGUCAGAAAAGGCUUUUCGUUAUGUGCAGGAGAAUGACACACUGUACACUUUCUGUUAUCUCCCAUCAUACUGCUGGAUCAUCUGUACAGUGUUAUCAAUGUGCUUCAGAGCCCAACCAACAAUCACUGAUCAGCUGAUGACAUCAUUACCCAAAACAGUGACGCAACUCUUUGUGACUUUUGUCUCCAACAUUCUGGCCAAUCACAGCCAGAAUAAAGACGGUGGUCACGCUGACUGGGAACUGCUGACAUCUAUUGGGUGGAUGGCAGAACAUGGAGUCAUGAAUCACAUGAUUGUGUUUGAUGAGUGUCAUCUGGACUCAUUCAGCGUGAAAAACUAUAAACAUCUCUUUUCAUCUUUGAUGAUGGAAUCUGGUCAGCCUCCUGAUGUGGAUUACACCUUCUUACAUCUCACUCUUCAGAAGUUUUUUGCUGCUUUAGUUCAUUUUACUAACUAUAAUCCUGAGAGAUUACAGGAAACACUUGGUAAGGCUGAAUUUUACAAAGGCAGGCAUGCUGAAAUAUUCCUCCGUUUCCUCUGCGGUCUCUCAGACUCUUCUACUAGAUCCAUGUUAAAGUCUCAUGUGGGAGAAUUGUCUUCUCAGGCUGCCAGACAUGUCAUCACCUGGAUCCAGAAGAAAGUAACAAUUACAAACCAAAAACCUGACGAAUAUAUAAGAGACAAGCGAGGUCUUCUUAAUGUAUUCUACUAUAUCUAUGAGAGCAGGAAUAAGGCUCUGGCGUCACAAUGUAUUGGAACGAAAAAAAUAGAUUUUUCUGAAGUCUCCCUCACCUCUCCAGACUGCUCUGUGCUGUCUUUUAUCCUUCAAAACUGCAAAGAGACAGAAGAAGUAAAUCUACAUUCAUGUAGCAUUGAGAGUGAAAAAUUGAGGAAACUUAUACCCACUCAACACAACUUCAAGAAUUUAAGAUUGUCCUCUAAUCUCCUGACAGACAUUUCCUGCCCCCACUUGGCAUCUGGAAUAAGAAAUAACCAGACACUGAGGACACUGAACCUGUCUGGGAACAAUCUGGGGGGUCCUCAUUUCAGGGAUCUGAUGGAAGCUCUGACAACAAGCCGGAUAGAGGAAUUACAAUUGCAUUAUAAUGACCUGACAGACAGUUCCUGCCCCCACCUGGCAUCUGGAAUAAGAAAUAACCAGACACUGAGGAGACUGAACCUCUCUAAGAACAAUCUGGAGGGUCCUCAUUUCAGGGAUCUGAUGGAAGCUCUGACAACAAGCCGGAUAGAGAAAUUACAAUUGGAUAAGAAUAGCCUGGCAGAAAGUUCCUGCCUCCACCUGGCAUCUGGAAUAAAAAAUAACCAGACACUGAGGAUGCUGAGCCUGUCUAAGAACAAUCUGGGGGGUCCUCAUUUCAGGGAUCUGAUGGAAGCUUUGACAACAAGCCGGAUAGAGGAAUUACAUUUGUAUAGAAAUCACCUGACAGAGAGUUCCUGUCCCCACCUGGCAUCUGGAAUAAGAAAUAACCGGACACUGAGGAUACUGGACCUGUCCGAUAACAAUCUGAAGGAUAUUCAUUUCAGUGAUGUGAUGGAAGCUCUGACAACAAGCCAGAUAGAGGAAUUACAGAUCGGAAACAAUUUUUUGCCAGAUGAAGCUAAAAGACUAUUUAUAAAUAUGGAAUCCCUCCGGCCAGGACUGAGGGUUAUUAUAUAGUCACCUCGGAGGAAAGAAGCUUUGCUACAACUGUGAAUGGAGCCAGAUCUUUGCCCGAAAAAUGCUCUGAAGCCCCCACACGAUCGUUUUUUAAUGACCCGAAAAAUGAUCGUGUGUACGCGGCAUCAUAGUAUUGCCACCUACAUCAGAAACCUGCAACACUUCCACAUGACAUGCGCUUGGAAAUACAAAUUGCCAUAACAUUUGUCAUGAACCUGAAUCAGAAAAAGUCUGCGCCGUCCAUGCCGUCCGCGCCAUCCAUGCAGGCCGCGCCAUCCAUACAGGCCAUGCCAUCCAUGCCAUCCAUGCAGGCCGCGCCAUCCAUACAGGCCACGCCAUCCAUACAGGCCACGCCAUCCAUACAGGCCACGCCAUCCAUGCAGGCCGCGCCAUCCAUACAAUCCAUACAGGCCACGCCAUCCAUGCCAUCCAUACAGGCCACUCCAUCCAUGCAGGCCGCACCAUCCAUACAGGCCACGCCAUCCAUGUCAUCCAUACAGGCCACGCCAUCCAUGCCAUCCAUGCAGGCCGCGCCGUCCACGUCAUCAAUGCAGGUCGCGCCAUCCGCGCGGCCCACUGUAACAGAGCUCCGCCGCCUCCUCGUCACGGACGGACGAGGAGGAGGUGGGACAGCGUGGACAUAUACACACGACGCCGCUGUGAAUCAGGGGAUAAUGUACGCCGUAAUCAGGUUUCCUUCCCUCCGCAUCAAGACUGACAUGGCGGGAGAGGAAACCUGACUCGAGUAUAAGCUGAGGGGGGGCUUUUUCAGCACAACAAAAAUUUGCUGAAAAACUUGGCUCGAGUAUAUACGGUACAUCUAAGAUGAGAUGAAUGUUUAAUAUUAUUUUUUAAUCUUUAAUACUUCAGAGCAUGAACGGGUUAUGGGCACAUGCCAGUCAAACAUGGUACCAGCGGAUUGGCGAAAAUCUAAGGUGGUACCAAUAUGCAAAUAUCGGGAGACUAUAGUCCGUAAAAUUAGAAAUAACUGUCUGGCUAUAACAUGGCCAUGUUCUUUGAGAACUCUGGGGUGUAAGAU